GAAGUCCUGUGUUCAACCCGUCUCUCGUUCAGGGAAAAUCAUUCAUCGCAUUUUCGUACGCAGCCAUCACUGUCCAGAUCCAACCUUCUCUCUUCAAGAAGAACGGUGCGCACUUCACCCCCUCCCUCCCUCCCUCUCUCUCUCUUUCUUUCAUAUCUUCUUCGCUGCUCAGAGCUUUUCCGUAAUUACUUCUCCAAUCCUCUAAUUCUAGAAGAAGAGAUAAGGUUUGGCUGAAGAAUCAAAGGGAUUUAGGUCUGUGUUUUUUCGCUGAUGGCAUCUCCUGUACCCCCGCGGGUACCAAGACCUGGCUAUUCUCCCCCUAAUUUCAACCCUAAUUACCAAAACACCCCAAAUUCUAUAGCAGAAAACAUGCAAAAUCUACAAAUCAAUCGCCCACCAGGUCCACCACGAAUGAUGCCCAGUACAUCUGUUCCCCGACCUCCCCCUUUUGUGACCUCACCCUUCCAGUCGUCUGCCCCUUCAGCCCCCCCUCCAGCCUCCUUUCCUGGUGCAGCACCAGUUUCCCGGUCUGGGCCACCACCAGCUGGCAUCCCACGAGUUGGUCCUCCUGCAUCUGGUCCUCAGCAAGUAUCAAAUUUGGCAUCUGGAAGGCCAUCAGGGUCACCGUUUUCUCAGCACCCACCUUUUGGUUUGAGACCCCCACCUCCUGGGGCAUACCCUUCUGCCCCAAUGGCAACUGGUCCCAUUGCCCCCCCACCAAAUGUGCAGGGUCCGACAAGUAAUGGACCACCUGUGUUUGCACAAGGGACUUUGCUGGGUGGUCCCCGUUUCUCUUCCAUUGGCAGCAUCCAGCAACCGGCGGUUGGACCUCUGCCAGUGGGUUCAUCACCCAUGGACUCUCAGCCUCCAAGUAUGCGCCCUUUUCUCGGGAGCUCAACUUCUGGUACUCCAUUGGGUCCGCCCCCACAACCACCCCUUCCAUUUUCAGCUGCAAGUCAAGGCAUGCCCCCAACUUCAGCUCCUCUAUAUGGGUCGCAACCGUGGCAGAUGCAACCCCGGCAGGGGGGUCCACUGGCACCAGGUACCAUGCAACCGCCUAGAAUGUUUGGAAUGCCACCGGGUCUACCAAAUCAGACCAUGCCUCCUUUACCACCUGGUAUAGGUCAUCCAUCAUCUGAAGCUCCGGUAGCAGGGCCAUCCAAAAUUGAUCCCAACCAAAUCCCACGCCCCAUUCCAAGUUCCUCGGUGAUAUUAUUUGAGACUCGUCAGUACAAUCAAGUUAAUAGUCCCCCGCCUGCCACAAGUGAUUACAUCGUCAAGGACACUGGGAACUGCAGUCCACGUUACAUGAGGUGCACUAUUAAUCAGAUUCCAUGCUCGGGUGACCUUUUGGCAACUUCUGGCAUGCCGUUGGCUUUGAUGGUGCAACCUUUGGCUGUCCCUCAUCCAUCUGAAGAGCCUAUCCAAGUUGUGGAUUUUGGAGAAAGCGGGCCUGUUCGAUGCUCUCGAUGCAAAGCGUACAUAAAUCCUUUUAUGAAAUUUAUUGAUCAAGGAAAGCGUUUCAUUUGUAAUUUAUGUGGAUUCACCGAUGAGACUCCUCGUGACUACUACUGCAAUACAGCACCAGAUGGAAGGCGUAGAGAUGCUGAUGAAAGGCCUGAGCUUUGCAGGGGAACAGUUGAAUUUGUUGCUACAAAGGAAUACAUGGUGCGUGAUCCAAUGCCUGCUGUGUUCUUCUUCCUCAUUGACGUGUCAAUGAAUGCUAUACAGACAGGUGCAACUGCAGCAGCAUGUAGUGCAAUCAGCCAAGCUAUUAGUGAUCUUCCUGAAGGUCCUCGGACACUGGUGGGCAUCGCAACAUUUGACUCAGCUAUCCAUUUUUACAACCUAAAACGGGCACUACAGCAGCCUUUGAUGUUUAUUGUUCCUGAUGUACAAGAUGUUUACACGCCACUUCAAACUGAUGUCAUUGUUCAACUUGCUGAGUGCCGUCAACAUUUGGGGCAAUUGCUGGAGAACAUUCCAACCAUGUUUCAGAAUAACAGAGUUGCUGAAUCUGCCUUUGGUGCAGCUAUCAAGGCUGGUUAUUUGGCAAUGAAGUCCACUGGAGGAAAACUUCUUGUAUUUCAAUCAGUUUUGCCAUCAGUUGGUGUUGGAAGCCUUUCUGCUAGAGAAGUUGAAGGAAGAACGAAUGUGACUGCUGGAGAGAAGGAAACCCAUAAAUUGCUUCAGCCAGCAGACAAGACUCUGAAAACAAUGGCAAUAGAAUUUGCAGAGUCUCAGGUUUGCGUGGACAUUUUUGUUACUACCCAGUCAUAUAUAGACAUUGCUUCUAUCUCUGUGGUUUCAAGGACUACUGGGGGACAGGUAUAUUAUUACCACCCUUUUUCAGCUCUAUGUGAUUCUGCCAAAAUUUACAAUGAUCUUAAAUGGAACAUUGCAAGGCCACAGGGUCUUGAGGCAGUAAUGCGUGUAAGAUGCAGCCAGGGUCUUCAAGUUCAAGAGUACUCUGGAAACUUUUGCAAACGCAUACCCACAGAUGUUGAUCUUCCUGGGAUUGACAGUGACAAGACCAUAAUGGUCACCUUCAAACAUGAUGAUAAAUUUCAGGAGGGCUCCGAAUGUUCUUUUCAGUGUGCCCUUCUUUACACAACAGUUUAUGGGCAAAGAAGAAUUCGAGUUCAGACUUUAUCGCUUCCUUGCACAACCGUGCUCAGCAAUCUAUUUCGUACAGCUGAUCUGGAUACUCAGUUCGCAGGUUUCUUAAAGCAAGCUGCGAAUGAAAUUCCCAUCACUCCUCUCAUUCAAGUACGGGAGCAAAUAAUGAACCUUUGCAUCAACAUACUUUGCGCCUAUCGUAAAUUUUGUGCAACAGUAUCAUCAUCCGGACAGCUAAUUCUUCCCGAGGCUCUUAAGCUUUUGCCUCUUUAUACGCUAGCAUUGGCAAAAAGUACAGGGUUGCGAUCUGAUGGACGGAUAGAUGAUCGGUCUUACUGGGUCAGUCACGUGGCAUCCCUCUCUACUGCAUUGGCUAUUCCUUUGGUGUAUCCUAGGAUGAUGGCUAUCCAUAAUCUUGCUUCAAAGGAAGCUGAUCCAUCUCUUCUUCCACCAACAAUUCCACUUUCCAGUGAGCAUGUGACUGAUGAUGGAAUCUUUCUCCUUGAAAAUGGAGAGGAUUGUUUGAUUUAUGUUGGGAACACGGUGAAUCCAGAUAUUUUAAGGCAAUUAUUUGGAGUUUCCUCAGUUGAAGAAAUUCCUAUGCAGUUUCUGCUGCAGCAAUACGACAAUGAGUUGUCAAAGAAAGUAAAUGAUGCGGUGAAUGAGAUACGGCGCCAAAGAUCUUCCUAUCUCCGUUUACGGUUGUGCAGAAAAGGAGAUUCAUCAGGGCCUUUGUUCUUUUCGUAUUUGGUUGAAGACAAGACUGCGACAGGCCUCUCUUAUGUUGAGUUCCUUGUACAUGUCCACCGGCAAAUCCAAACUAAAAUGGCAUGAGCAUUUAGCUAUUCCCUAUCAUGGAUAAGAGUUCUGGAUGCCCUUGAAAUUGGAUCUGGAAGUGGACAUAGGUGGAGCAGAUGAUCAUCCCAUCUGCUCUGUGAUAUAAUUGCUGCUUGCUUUUUGUGAUGCUAGAUCCAUCAGUUAGUGGAGAGAAUGCUGGGGAUUCUGCAUUUGGUUGUUGAUAUUCCUGUCAGAUUCGUGUAAGAUUCAACAGAGAUUGUAAUAAAUACUGGGACAUAGCUUCUUCUCUUUAUUUUAUUUUAUUUUCUGAGUUAGGCAUUUGUAAUGUCUGUCAUUUGCUUUCUUCUCUGUAAAAUAAAGUCUAUAAGAUAUGGAAAGAAAAAGAGGCUUGUUGAACAAUCAAUCGAUGGUUCUAAUCCUUAGUUCAA